GGACAGAACAGUCACUUUCUGCAAAACAGCUCACAAAGACACGCACAUUACCCUCAAUAUUUAUUGGAGUGGAUAUUACAGCUGGACUUUUAUGAAUACCGGCAAGCAGCAGAAGCCAGUGCUUACAGGCCAGCGGUUUAAGACCAGGAAAAGGGAUGAAAAGGAGAAGUUUGAGCCCACAGUUUUCAGAGAUACAAUUGUUCAGGGACUCAACGAAGCUCAGGGUGAUCUCGAUGCUGUAGCCAAGUUUUUGGAUGUCUCUGGUUCGAGACUGGACUACCGUCGCUAUGCCGACCCUUUGUUUGACAUCCUUAUUACCGGGAGCAUGCUUGCUCCUGGAGGAACACGCAUUGAUGAUGGGGACAAAACCAAGGUGACUGUGCAUUGUGUUUUUACCGCAGAGGAAACUCAUGCUGCUGUUCGCAACUAUGCUCAGGUUUUCAAUAAGCUUAUCAGGAGAUACAAAUAUUUGGAGAAGGCUUUUGAGGAGGGAAUUAAAAAGCUGCUACUCUUUCUGAAGGCCUUCAGUGAGUCUGAGCAGGCAAAACUGGCCAUGCUGACAGGCAGUCUGUUAGCCAACUGCACACUACCACCAGCUAUCAUUACCAGCCUCUUCAGUGAAAAUGUAGUGAAGGAAGGUAUUGCUGCUUCUUUUGCAGUGAAGCUGUUUAAGGCCUGGAUUACUGAGAAAGAUGCAAAUGCAGUGACUUCAGCCCUAAGAAAGGCUGGCCUGGAUAAGAAACUCCUAGAACUCUUUCCUGCCAACAAGCAGAAUGUGGAGCACUUCUCAAAGUAUUUUAACGAGGCUGGUUUGAAGGAGCUGUCUGAAUUUCUGCGUGUGCAGCAAUCACUGGGCACCCGCAAAGAGCUGCAAAAAGAACUGCAAGAACGUCUGUCUCAGGAGUACCCCAUCAGAGAGAUAGUGGUGUAUGUAAAGGAGGAGAUGAAGAAAAAUGAUCUUCAGGAGCAGGCUGUGAUUGGUUUACUCUGGACCUGCCUGAUGAAUGCUGUGGAGUGGAACAAGAAGGAAGAGCUGGUCACUGAGCAGGCCCUUAAACAUCUAAAGCACUACGCCCCUCUGCUGGCUGUGUUUAGUACUCAGGGCCAAUCAGAACUCGUCUUGUUGCUGAAGAUUCAGGAGUACUGCUAUGACAACAUCCACUUCAUGAAGUCCUUCUCCAAAAUUGUGGUGCUGUUCUAUAAAGCUGAUGUCCUUAGUGAGGAAGCCAUCUUAAAAUGGUACAAAGAUGCCCAUGCUGCUAAAGGUAAAAGUAUAUUUCUGGAGCAGAUGAAGACGUUUGUGGAAUGGCUGCAGAAUGCAGAGGAGGAGUCUGAAUCUGAGAAGGAAGAUGAUUAGCAAUCAUGAGGCUGAAGUUCAGUACAUCUUACACUUUAAGGCCAGCCUGCUAGUGCACUGUAGUUUCUAUUUUAUCGUGUUUGCCUAGAGAAGAUAUAGACACAUGAGCACAUGGAGAAAAGCCACAGAACUACAUACUCUACAAGGUACAGAACACAUCAAAGAGGUAUCCUUUUAUAAUACACAGCACACAUUCUGUAUCAAUGCUGUUUAAGUGUUGUGUGAAUCAGCUUCUGCUGUAGAUUUUCAUUUUAUUUAAAUAGCUUUUAUUUGUGUAUUUAUAACUUGGUUUAUUUAUUUAAUAAUAAAAGAUGUUUUUAAUGUUGAA